AUACACUUUCAGGGACAUAGGUUAAAAUGAUUCUAAAUCAGAGCUCAAAUAAGAGUACGACCAACACUUCUUGCACCUGCUCAAGAUGUUUUCCACCUCAUAGUGUCGUUACGAAAUGUGUGAACAGGAGAUUAAUAAAAAUAUCCCCUCUUGCAUGUGAGCCUGCAACCAAUAAAAAAGUGUCUAUUUACUGGACAUAUGUUCAUGUUCACGCGGCGCUUCAUAAAAUCUGCAUAGGAUACAUCGCACUUCUAUCUGACCUACUCAGGUCUGGUGUUCAGCGGUUGCCACACCUAGGAUAUCAAAUGGAUUACAUCUCCAAAACGGAACCUUUCUAUGUCUGCAUGAACUCAAGUUCCUUGGCUGAUCCAUAUAGAACGAUGCUACCUACUACCACAACAUUACCAUCUAAGCAAAUUGUGUUAUUUGUUCAUCUACGUCGAAAAGCACAUUUGACCAUUUUGGGUGCUCACACAAGAUUCUAAAUGAAAUUCUUGGAGAUAGAGAGCGUAUCCAAUCUCUGUAUUCUGAGAUUCCUGGGAGAACCACAAGCAAUGCCAGUACCUCCAGAAGAACUUCUAAUUUCAGUGUGGACGCAACUGGAGAUGAAAGCCUUUCUGUUGAAGCACACAAUUGUAUACUCGACAAUACUGCGUCUAUUUUAUCCAUGAGGAGCUGCGCUGACAAGCUGUGGAAGAGAAGAAAAGGUUCAAAACUUUAAAAUCAGAAGAUAAACCAGAGGAAGCAAUGCAGGCUUUCAAGUAUGGUAAAGAACUUGCAAAUCAAGCUGCAACGCUGGAAUUACAACUGAAGAGUAGUAGUAGAAUGGCUACACAAGCGUCUAAUGUCUCUUCUGUUGUUGGUACUUCGACGACGGCUGGUUCUGAUGAGGCUAGAAUAAAAAGGACUUCAACUGCGAAAAAGAAUUAAGAAAGAAAAGAAUGAUCUUGCAUGGGCUUAGAGAUAUAGGUUGGUCAUAUGCAGGCACUGUUUUGCUAUUUUAUAUUGGCACAAAUGUGUAAUUUGGAAAACACAUGUCC